CUUCGAGCGCAAGAACGGCUCCGCGGGCAUGAAGUGCAGCCAGUUUCACUGCCCAGUGGCGUGCGUGCUGUCGGAGUGGAGCUCUUGGGCGGCCUGCUCGAAGGAGUGCGGCGGGGGCACGCGGGGCAAGACGCGGUCUGUGCUGACGCCGAGCAGGAACGGCGGCAUGGAGUGCGGCGUCACCAUCGAGGAGCAGGCUUGCAACACGGGGUCCUGCAGGAGGGACUGCACUCUCGCACCGUGGACGGACUGGGAGCCUUGCACGCAGGCCUGUGGUGGCGGCAUGACCAAGCGCGUGCGCCACGUGGACGUGCCCAUCCGGGCGGACGGGAGGUGCCCCAGCCCCGAGCACCCAGACCGGCUCCAGUGGCAGCGGUGCAACACCCAGGACUGCGUCGGGGACGAGAUCUGCAUCGCCCGGCAGGACCUCAUCAUCGCUGUCGACGCUAGCGGCUCCCUAAAAGAGGAGGGCUUCUCGAUCGUCAGGGAGUUUGCCUACAAUCUCACUGGCAGGUACAGAAGUGAAUAUUAUGGUGUUGAGGACAUGUACAUUGGCCUGGUGCUUUUCGGCAACGGGGAGUACUACAGCAACGGCACUGUCUCCGCGGCAAUCGAGGUGCUGGAGCUGACGGACGACCUGGACGCCGUGAGGACCAGUAUCCAGAGCAUGACAUGGCAGAAGGGCUUCACGAACAUGAUGCAGGCUUUCCAGGCUGCCGACAACUUGCUGCAGGACGUACGCCCGGGUGCAUUCUCAUCGGGGGCGGUUGGCGGUCUGCAGGGCCUGUACGUGGCCGGAUGCCCAGGGAAGGCGCUCGGCUCGCCUCCUGAAGAGUUGCGGUUCCGCCUUGGCGCCGACAACGCUCGGCUGCUCCGAACGGCCAUCGUUCUCGCGAGCAGCGAGCGGAGGGCGCCAGCCAGGACGGUGCAGUGGGGAGGGUGGUGGUCAAACAGCUC